AUGAAAUUAAAUUUGUUUCUCGCAAUCUUUUUGUUACUUGUCGUUAUUUCCCAAGCAGCUCUUGCAAGAACCAUUGAAAAAAAAAGUUCAGGUCAAAGUCCUAGAGGUCCUGGACAUCAUACAAGAACCAUUGAAAAAAGAAGUUCAGGUCAAAGUCCUAGAGGUCCUGGACAUCAUACAAGAACCAUUGAAAAAAGAAGUUCAGGUCCAAGUCCUAGAGGUCCUGGACAUCAUACAAGAACCAUUGAAAAAAGACGUUCAGGUCAAAAUCCUAGAGCAAAGUAUACGAUAGAUCUUUUCUUUAUUGGUGAAGAAAUAGUUGAAAAAUCUUCACACUUGUCAUUUAAGGAAUCACGAUGGAUUUUCGGUUUAUCAAUUCAACCUUACCAUGGUACU